GUUGCUGAUCGGACGCGUUUGUCAUUGCACCAGUUUGACUCGACGGACCGGUGUUAGCUGCGAAAACUAUUACAGAGCUGUACGUGUUCGCGCUUGUGUGUGUGUGUGUGUGCGCGCGCGCGCACAUUCAGCUGUCAACCGUCAGUCAUGGUGUCGUCGUCGGGGGGAAUCACAGAGUCAGACUGUUGGACGUCAGCGGACAUCGGAGACGCAGCUGCGCAGUCUCUGCAGGUUCUGGUACCAGGUGCUGGACCAGUCCUGCUCUUCUGACCGUGUCUGACCAGACAUGGACCAGUUCACUUUCCGCUACGACACCGUGCUGUCAGACGUCCACAUACUUCUGCCCAAUGCGCGUCACCUUAUGACACGACUGAACCACGUGGGGCAGCCAGUUUUUAUCUCCAAAUUCAAGCUCUUGAAAGACGUUGAAACACACAGCAGCGGUGACGCAGGUCAGAGGUCAGCGCAGCAGAAAUUAAUCCAUCCGCACGGGGAACAGGACGAAGACUCCGACAGGGACCGGGAUGAAGACGGAGAGGAGGACAAACAGGGUCUCCACCUGGACGAGGACGGAGACCUGGACAUCACACAUCGUCCAACGACACGCCCUGCCAAGGUCAUAGGUCGAGACCUGGUCUGUCCUGUCCUUCUCGCACGCUCCGCUCCUGUGCUGGAGGAGGAGGAUGAGGAGGAGGAGGAGGAGGAAGAGUCUUCAGAUGAUAAAGAAGACCAGAGGGUCGGAGAUGUGAUAAGAAUCGAACACACCAUGGCCACGCCCCUGGAGGAUGUUGGGAAACAGGUGUGGAGAGGAGCGUUCCUAUUGGCCGACUUCAUCCUGUCUGAGGCCGACAUGUUCCGAGGAGCUACGGUCCUGGAGCUGGGGGCAGGCAUGGGUUUCACCAGCAUCGUCAUGGCAACCGUUGCCAAAACGGUGUACUGCACAGACGUGGGCGACGAUCUCCUCAGCAUGUGUGAGAGAAACGUCUCCGUGAACAGACACAUGACUAAAAAUGGAGGUGGGGAGGUGAAGGUGAAGCAGCUGGACUGGCUGCAGUAUUCCCUCUGUACAGACGCCGACGUGGACUUCAGCUGGACGGAGGAGGAAGUGGCGGAUUUGUACGACAACACUCACUUCAUCAUCGCCGCUGAUGUGAUUUACGAUGAAGACCUGACUGACGGACUUUUCCGGAUUUUGUACCGACUCUGCAGGAACUUCACUCACACCUGCACCGUCCUCCUCUCCCUGGAGAAACGGAUGAACUUCUCCCUGCGACACAUGGACGUCUGCUGCGAGGCCUACAGCUACUUCAGACGCUGUCUGUCCCAGCUGCUGGAGCUGCAGGAGCCGCGCUGCAGCUUCAGAGUCGAACAGCUGCCCACGGCCAACCUGGCACAGUUCUUUCUGUACGAGCGAGUAGAGCAACUGGAGCUGUGGAAGCUGACUGUCAGUCCACGUCAGUCGGACCAGGUCCAGUCUGAGCCUGACCUGACCCGACCCGACCCGACCCGACCUGACCUGACCUGACCUGACCUCAGAGUCAGGUUUUUAAUGUGACAGUAAAAGCACCUUUAUACAUGAAUGAUGCUGUAAAAUGUUUUUAACAAAUUAAUUGUAUUUUGUAAAAAAUACAAAAAAAAAGGUUUAAGUUUGUUUUAUUUUUUUGGUGAUGGUGGACCAUCCACUGAUGAGGGUGGGAUUAAUGUGAAAUAAAAUCCUGUUUCUA